AUUGAAUUGAAUUCUGAUUUCAAUAAUCUCUCUCACAAACCACUCUCUGAGAAUUAUUCUUUCUUUGUUCAUGUUAACCAUGUUAAUCAACAUGGUAUCAGAGCUCCUUUCCUAGGGGCUCUGUUGUGCAAAUCCAACUCUGAAACAUUUCUUCUUCUCAUCGUUGUUAAUUUCUUCUCUUCUUCUUGCUUGAAUUCCAAUGGUGAAUCAAGCAAUUGAUCCUUCAAAUCCACUCUACUUGCAUGUUAACGAGAACCCUAGAAUUUCUUUGGUGCCGGUUUUGUUAAUCGGUGAGAAUUACCAUUCUUGGGCUUGAGCGAUGACUAUGGCACUCAAAUCGAAAAAUAAGUUGCAGCUUGUUGAUGCUUCUUUACCGAAGCCCGAAGCAGGAGAUCCAUCAUUCUUGGUAUGAGAUCGAUGCAACACUAUGGUGUUGUCAUUGAUCAAUAAUUCAUUGGAUGCCUCUAUAGUUCAGAGUGUCAUUUGGAUGGAAACAGCAUAUGAAGUAUGGAAUGAUUUGCGUGAAAGGUAUUACUAGGGAGAUAUCUUUCGUAUUUCUGAAUUGCAAGAGAAGGUUUACUCCAUAAAUAGGAAAAUUUGUCGAUAACUACUUAUUUCACUAAUUUGAAGAGCUUGUGGCAAGAAUUGGACAAUUUUAGACCAAUUCCUCAUUGUUCUUGUGCAGUUAGAUGUAAUUGUGAUUUGAUACCUACAAUGAAAGCUUAUAGGAAAAAUGACUAUAUCAUUAGAUUCUUGAAAGGGCUCAAUGAGCAAUAUGCAGCUGUAAGAUCGCAAAUUAUGUUAAUGGAUCCUCUUCCUCCAACUAAUAAGGUUUUUUCCCUGUUAGUAUAGCAAGAGAGACAGAUAGGAGUACUGGUUGAAGAUUCUCAAGUGCUAAUUAAUAUAGUUGGUAGUUCAGGAAGAGGAAAAUAUAAGGGUCCUAGAGCACAAAACAUGGGCUCGGGAGGAAGAGGAAAUGAAGGGAGAGGACAAAGCACAAAGGUGUGCUCAUAUUGUGGUAAGACAGGUCAUUUAGUGGAUACCUAUAAGAAGCAUGGUUUCCCCCCUCACUUCAAAAAGUCAAAUGUCAUCAAUCACUGUAGCACUAAUGAUGAAGAGGAUAUUGAUGAUACUCAAAGUGUUCUUUCCCGAAAGGAAGUGAGUGAAAGUACAAGUAUGAUAUUUACUCUAGAGCAACAUAAGGCACUACUUGCAUUACUACAACAAUCAGGAAAUCAAACUGGGCAUACAGUGAAUCAAAUUCAGGAAUCCCACUCUAUGGAGAUGAUUGGUGCAGCUAAGCUGAAGUCAGGACUUUAUGCAAUGGUUCCCAAUGAUCAAUCAAAAUUGGAUUACCAUUGCACACUGAUUACUUUAGGAGUCACACCAACACUCAAAUCUGUCAGGUAUCCUCUUUCAAAUUCUCUCUCUUAUGAUUCACUACUUGAUUCCCAAAAACACUUUUCUUUGGCUAUCUCUACUAUUGUUGAGCCCAGAUCAUAUCAGGAAGCUAUUAUUAAUGAUUACUGGAAGCAUGCUAUUGAAAAAGAACUAACAACUCUGAGUAAGAAUCAUACUUGGACUCUGACUUCACUUCUUGAAGGAAAGAAGACUGUUGGGUGCAAAUGGGUGUUUAAGAUCAAGCAUAAUUUGGAUGGAAGUACUGAGAGAUACAAGGCGCGACUGGUUGCAAAAGGAUUUACUCAAACUGUUGGGAUUGACUAUUUGAGAACUUUCAGUCCAGUGGUUAAAAUGACCACAAUAAGAAUACUUUUGUAUUGCUACAGCUUGCAAUUGGGAGCUGGACCAAUUAGAUGUUAAUACAACUUUUUUGCAUGGAGAUUUGAGAGAAGAUGUUUACAUGGAGCCUCCCCUAGGGCUUCAAUUAUCAGAUUCCACAUUGGUCUGCAGACUUGAAAAGUCCCUAUAUGGACUAAAACAAGCAAGUAAGCAGUGGAACAUCAAGAUGACAAACACACUUAUUACCUCUGGAUUCAAACAAUUAAAGGCUGACUACUCUUUAUUUACGAAAGAGACUCUCAAAGAUUUGACUGUUAUAUUGAUCUACGUGGAUGACUUGAUUAUGAGAGGAACUGACAGCGAGGAGAUUGCUGGAGUUAAAAUUUUGCUUGACCAAAAGUUUAGCAUAAAGGAUCUAGGAAAUUUGAGUUUUUUCCUGGGAUUGGAAGUUACAAGGACUGAAAAAGACAUUAAUCUAUGCCAAAGAAAAUAUGCUCUUGAGCUGUUGCAAGAAACAGAGUUGCUUGGUUCAAAAUCCUGUAACACUCCUAUGGAUCAUACUGUGAAAAUUCAACAAAACUCUGAGGAUGCCUUUUCUGAUGUUACUGCAUAUAGAAGACUCCUUGGAAAACCUAUAUAUUUGACCAAUACCAGACCAUAUAUUUCUUAUACAGUGGGAAGGCUUAGUCAAUACUUGAACAGUCCAACAAAUGCUCAUUACAAGGCUGCUCUUAGAAUACUCAAAUAUAUCAAACAAAGUCCUGGGAAGGGGGUCUUCUCUUUUCUGUUGAUUCAAUUUGAAAUUUAAAGGAUAUAGUGAUUCUGAUUGGGGUGCUUGCCCGGACACGAGAAGAUCAGUCACAAGAUUCUAUUUCUUUCUUGGCUCAUCAUUAAUUUCAUGGAAAAGUAAGAAACAAUCCAUCGUAUCUCGUUCAUCUUCGGAAGUUGAGUAUCGAGCUUUAACUCAAACAACAUGUGAAGCUUAGUGGCUUAUCUAUCUUUCGGCAGACUUUAACCUUAACAAACUCACACUUGUUACUUUGUUCUGUGACAAUCAAUUAGCCAUCUAUAUUGGGGCUAAUCUUGUCUUUCAUGAAAGAACAAAACACAUUGAAAUUGAUUGCCAUACUGUGAGGGAAAAGGUUCAAUCGAGUGUCAUACAUCUUCUACCUGUAUCCACCAAAGAGCAGCUUGCGGAUACUUUAACUAAACCCUUGAUUCCUCAUGUUUUUCAUACCUUUGUAUCCAAGGUAGGAAUGACUGAUAUAUACAUUCCAGCUUGAGAGAGACUAUUACAGAUAAUUAAUUAUUCUGUUAGUUAGUUAUUUUAUUUAUCAUUUAGUUAGUUUUCUAUUAGAUGACAGAUGUAUUGCUAGUGACAUUCAGUUAGAUUGGUUAGAUAUAAAUAGUUGUGUCUUGUACAUUUGUAAAUAUUGAAUUGAAUUCUGAUUU